UAUCUUAGACUCGGUUCUACCUCGAAGUUUUGGUAAUAAUUUUGUUUUGUUUUGAAACUUUCCUGUAAUUACUAUACCGAUCGGUAAAUCAUUGAUAAGUGAAAGAUUAUUUAUAUGUUUAAUUCUGUAUGUAGUAUGUAUCAAUGUUAGUAAUUUGAUAAAAAGAUUCAUGGCUUCUGUUCAAGAAAGAUUAAAGUUGAAACGUGCGCCGACAGAUAUAUGGAGCAUUCGAGAACAAUUAUGCUUGGCAUCGAGCGUUCUAAAAUCAGGUGAUCAAAAUUGGAUGAGCGUUUCACGUUCUUUAAGACCAAUUGCCGAUAAAGAUAGCGCAAGGCCACAAGAUUGGUUCUCACAAAAGUCUUGCGCGCAACAAUAUGCCUAUCUCUUAGAGAAUACGGACAUACCAAAAAGAAAGAAAAGGGAGAGUGGAGAAACCACGAGUGAAUCCAUUGUCAGACGUUUAACUCAAGAUCGAAUAUCAGAACUUUCUAAGGCCUUAACUAUUCAAAGGGAAGAGCAUCAACAAUUGAAGAAUGAGCUAAAUUUAUUAAAGAAUGGGACUAUAUCAGACGAAAAGCUACAGAAGAUGUGGCUUGCGAUUGAACACGAGGAAAAAGAACAAGAACAAAAAAAUAAAGCUCACAUAGUAUGGUUAAGUAAACGUCAACAAAGCAAAGAGCUUCCAACGACUCAAACGGUAACUGUUGAAAAUAUUCAGAAAAAAGCUGAAAUUGCAACAGAGACUACAGAAACUGCAGAGUCUCCCAGUCCUACAACUCAAAUGCAAGUGUCAACUCAAGCAGCAGGUUCUCCCACUAUUGCAAGUCUUUUGGGAUCCAGUCCAAAAGUACCAGGACCAGUAAUUAUGCAAACUGUUUCGCCACAAUUACAUCAAUUGGUUUCAAAUACUAUUUCUAAUGCAUCCCAAGAGCGACCUUCAGCUACAGCGCCAACUUUGUCAAUGUUAUUAGAGCAGCCGACCGCUGGUACACAGAAAGCUUUACAGCAACAAUUACAAAAUUCGACAAAUUUAAUUACUCCUAAAAAUGUACAAACUACCGUACAAGUGCAAAAUACAAUACAAACAAGGUCAACUCGGCUGGGUCAAAGCAAUCCUCAAAUUUCACAGGUGCAACAAGUUAUUUCUACUGCAGAUUUAUCAAGUACAGAAAUACCUCAAAUCAUCUCGAACCCUAUAGAUGAAGUUAUGCCAAAAGUUUUGCAAAUGGAUAAAGAUGAAAUAAAUGAAAUAAUUGGAGAUAUAGAAGAGCUAAUUAAAGAAGAAAUAACAGGUAGUCCGCAAUCAUUAGAAACAUCUUCAAGAACAGUUGAUAUAAUUGAUAAUUUAAAUGUACAAGCUUCGACGGAACUUUCAACAGAACGUUCGGAACUAAGAAAUGUAGAUGAACCGGUGUCUUUAUCGAAUUCACCGACUAGCGAAGUAUCGAUUGAAGAAAUUGAUUCAAGUACAUCAAAUAUAGCAGAAAUUAUUGGUACAGCAAUAGAGACAGUAGAAAGUAAAACAAAUAUCUCUGAUCCACCAAAAGAAAAAAAAGAAGCUCAAACCUGUGAAUUGGUGGCUGAAGAUAUUAAUAAAGAAGUGACAGAAUUUACUAUUUCUGAGGAAAUAAAAAUUGAAACAGAAAUUAUACAGGAAGCUCCGACACAAUUGCAAAAUGAAAGUGAUAAUAAUACAGAUGAAAUUAAUAUUAUGGAUCAUGAAGAAGCAAUUCCAAGCGAAGAUGAGAGUAAAACAGAUAAUAAAAAAGAUGAAGAAGAUAGUUCUGAUAAUAAAAUAAUAGACUGUGUUAAAUUUUGUGAAGAAGAACUUACGACAAAUGAACAAAACAUUGAAAAUAAAAAAUCAGUUAUUAAUGAUCAAGAAACAUCGACCGUUGAAACUGCGACUACAUCUACAGAUAAAUUAAAUGAUUCUUCAAAAUUAGAAGAAAAGAAGGAAUUGGAACCAUAUCUUGACGUUGUAAAACAUGAAAAGACAUCCAAUGAUCUGCAAAUAGAAGAAAAGAAAAAUCCUGAAGACAAUGUAUCAACUAAAAAAACUGAUGAAUUUAAAGUAUUUCCACAACCGGAAAUAGAAUCAACAGAAGGUAACUCUGAAAGUAGUAAUAAAGAUGUUAAAGAGACCGAAUCAAUAAAAGAAUCGGUCCCUUUAAAACAAGAAUCGAAUAUUGAAAAAGAAAACAAGGACUUUAAAGAAACUAUUGAAGAUUCAGAUGUAAAAGAUGUAGUAGAGAAAAAAGAAGUUAGCGAAAUAGUAAAAGAAGAAUUAGAUAUUAUAAUAGAUUGCGAAAUUAAAAAAUUGGAAGACCUGCUAAAAAUGGAAAAAGUAAAAGAAUAUGAAGUAUCUGAAAAGAUAAAAAUUGAACUGAAGAAAGAAGAGAACGAAGACAAUGAAGAGGAUUACAAACAUGAAAAAGAGGAGAUAAAGAAGGAAAUUGAAAACGAUUCGAUAAAAAAAGAAAGCAUAGAGUCUGUAGGAAGCGUUGAGGAAUUAGAUGAAGAAGAACCAACCUUAAGUAAAUUAAGCGGUGGUAGGGCUAUGAAAACAUAUUCAAAAAAGCAAAAUGCUACAGUAGAUAGCGAACCAGAGAAUGAGACUGGCGGAGAAACUGCUGAUUAUCGAGCAUGGAAGAAAUCUAUAAUGCUUGUUUAUAACAGACUUGCCACUCAUAAAUAUGCUUCUAUAUUUUUGAGACCUAUCACCGAAGAUCAAGCUCCAGGAUAUCAUUCAAUAAUAUUUAGGCCUAUGGAUUUAUGGACAAUUAAAAAAAAUAUUGAUAAUGGUACUAUUAGAUCAACCACUCAUUUUCAACGAGAUGUUAUGCUCAUGUUUCAAAAUGCAAUUAUGUUUAAUAAGUACAAUACACUUGUACAUAAAAUGACUUUAGAAAUGCAAGAAGAAUGUCUUCAACAUAUGCAGGUUUUAGUAAGAGCAGCGGGUGAGGCAUCGUUUAGAAGAGAGACAAGAACAGCAGCUAGUAUUAGCAACGAAGCAACCGAUAAUAGUUUAAAAAGAAAAUGGACUCAUAUAUCGUCUAGUCCUCACUAUGAAACAGAAAGUUCACGAAUGAAAAAACGAAGAAAAUCCGAAAAUGAUUAA